GCGGAGAAAUUUCGUACUGUUGAUAAGGACGAAGAAAACAGAAGCGUGCCUGUAGUAGUUGGAGAGCAGCUUCACGAAAAGAAUGAAAAAGGCAGAUCCCUACAGUGCAGUGACUUAAAGACUGGAUGGGCUCUACACAAUCCCCGAAACGAAGCUGUGCGUUUUCCUACCGAGGUUAAACAAUACCUAACAACGAAAUUUGACCUUGGAGAAAGAACUGGCAUCAAGGCAGAUCCCGCAAAAGUGGCAGCUGAUAUGCGAACUGCAGGAAUCCCAGAUAGUUGUCGAAUGUUUGAAAGGAAAUAUUGGCUCACAAAUGGUCAAGUACAGGGAUUUUUUUCGAGGCUAGCGGCUUCGCGAAGAAGCAAAGCACAUCGAAAAGCGCUCAGUGAAGACGUACAGGCAGAAGAGGAAGAGCAGGAGAGACGAGCCGUCCUGGAAGAGGUGGCCACCCACCUUGGUCCUAAGCAUCCUAUCUGCUAUGAUUCAUACUGUUUAUGUGACCUUUCACACGAGAAGAAACUUGAAACAUUUAGCGUUGCCAUGCUCAAGGGCAUGUUGAAAUACUUUGAAAUUCCUUUUAGUUCUCGCGAUAGAAAAAAAAUCUUGUAG